AUGCCCGGUGUGACUUACUGUGCUGCGGGCCCCGCCCCCCCGCCGCCCCCGUGGCCCCUGCCACCCCCCUGCCCGGUGCCUGCUGACACCCCCUGCCCCCUGCCCCAUGGCACCACCACGCUGGCCUUCCGGCUGGCCCAGGGCGUGGUGGCAGCAGCUGACACCCGCUCGUCCUGCGGCACCUACGUGGCCUGCCCGGCCUCCCGCAAGGUGCUGCCCGUCCACGCCCGGCUGCUGGCCACCACCUCGGGGACCUCGGCCGACUGCGCCACGUGGCUGCGGGCCCUGCGCUGCCAGCUGGCCCUGCGCUGCCAGGAGGACGGGCGGGAGCCGGGCGUGGCCGAGGCGGCGGCGCUGCUGGCGGGCGGGCUGCGGGCGUGGCGGGGGCGCGGGCUGGGCGUGGCCGUGGCGCUUUGUGGCUGGGACCGCGCCGGCCCCGGCCUCUGGUACGUCCACAGCGACGGCACCCGCCUGCCCCUGGACCUGGUGGCCGUGGGCUCCGGCUCGCCCUACGCCUACGGGCUGCUGGACGGGGCCUACCGCCCUGACAUGCCGCCCGCCGCCGCCUACGCCCUCGCCCGCCGCGCCGUGGCCCACGCCGCCCGCCGCGACGCCUACUCCGGGGGCUGCGUCGACGUCUUCCACGUGCGCCAGAGCGGCUGGGUCUGGGUGUCCCGCGGCGACGUGGGGGAGCUGGGGGGCCUGGCCCGGGCACCGGGGCCCACCGAGGAGGAGGAGGGAGCAGAACAGACCAGUGUGGACCAGUAUAAACCAGCAGGAACCAGCCUGGAGCAUCAUUAGCCCGUCUAUACCAGGAUAAACGGACUUGGAG